AUGGCUCUUAUGGGAGAUCUUCUCCUCCAGGCUCCCAGCACGGUGACACUGCUGGGGGCUCUGCUGUUUAUGAUGGUCCUCUACCUCUUGUUCUCUGGUUCCAGCUCUGAGGAACAGGGGAAGGAGCCUCCAGGACCCAGGCCGCUGCCCCUGCUUGGCAACAUGCUGCUGCUGGAUCUCAAGAAGCCCUAUCACACUCUCUGUGAGGUUUGUGUUGUGUUUUCAAAGCACACCAUCUGGAGUAGUCAAGACGACGAAACGAGUAUCGUUACGGAUAUGUGCAAUUUUCCUGAUACGAUUAUGGUCAGAGUAUUUUUUGUAAUUAUCCGUGAUCGGAAAUAAAAUAUAUUUUCGGGUGGCAGCGCGCAUCUUUAAAUCAAGUGCAAUGUGCUACAUCUUUUAAAUAACGUAACUGACAAGUGCAAGAUGCUACACGUUCUAAAUAACUAAACAGGCUAGUUUGCCUGUCUCGAAAGAGAAGGGCGGGCUGUACGUUGAUCCUGCUGCUCUGAUUGGAUAGCGUUAAGCCGUAUUUCUCCAUCUACUCGCUUCAUAAUUUCACCCAAUCACUUCUCCUGCUGGCGUGUUUAGUCAGAUUAUUUAGAUCGCUGCUGCCUCCUAUUUGCCUGCUACUAUGAUUAAUCAAAUGGCGCGCACGUUUUCUAUCUAUCAAGCAAUCAAUGUACAUAAUAUCUAACAAGCGGGCCGAGGGUAGGGAAAAAAAUGAACUGCUGAUGCAUAUUCUGACUGAGUGACAGCUAACUUUUUUGCCAGCCCGCUGCAAAUUGAGGACACACACCCCUCAGCACGCUGCUCCUAAUCUGCAGUUUGUUUGGUCUAAAUUUACAGGGAGAUAGAUAUUUUGACAACAUCUAUUUAGGCAUAUUAAAACACUUCUGUUUUUUUCUGAUCACGAGUAUCAUCUGAUCCGACUAUCAACUGCAAAUUUAUGGAUACGAAUAUGGCUAGGUCAGCACACCUAUUGAAGGUACUUUAAAAUGACAUUUGCAGCAUUUGCCAUGAAUGAAAUCUCCCAAACGUCAGGGAAAGGCACAUUGUCGGCUGUUCAGGCGUGUUUCUUGGCUAGAAUCCCGAGUAAAAGCUCUGAAAUGAUGACUUUUCUGUCUAUAUUUCAAAAAACGUUUUUAGUGCUACUUUAUUCACAACAUGCAUACAAUGCUUACAAUGUUUUUAAUUUCUUUGGUAGGAGAUAAAUUAACUAAGGAAUAUCUUACCAGUUUUAGAUCAUAAUCAGUAGACUUAUUGGCAGUGGUGUAAAGUACUUAAGUAAAAAUACUUUAAAGUACUUAAGUAGUUUUUUGGGGUAUCUGUACUUUACUUUACUAUUUAUAUUUUUGACUACUUUUACUUUUACUUCACUACAUUCCUAAAGAAAAUUAUGUACUUUUUACUCCAUACAUUUUCCCUGACACCCAAAAGUACUCGUUACAUUUUGAAUGCUUAGCAGGACAGAAAAUGGUCAAAUUUGCACACUUAUCAGGAUAACAUCCAAAUCAAAUCAAAUUGUAUUUGUCACAUACACGUGUUUAGCAGAUGCUAUAGCGGGUGUAGCGAAAUGCUUAUGCUUCUAGCUCCGACAGUGCAAUAAUAUCUAACAAUUUCACAACAUAUACCCAAUACACACAAAACCAGUAAGGAAUGGAUUUUAAGAAAAUAUACAUACACUGCUCAAAAAAAUAAAGGGAACACUAAAAUAACACAUCCUAGAUCUGAAUGAAUGAAAUAAUCUUAUUAAAUACUUUUUUCUUUACAUCGUUGAAUGUGCUGACAACAAAAUCACACAACAAUUAUCAAUGGAAAUCAAAUUUAUCAACCCAUGGAGGUCUGGAUUUGGAGUCACCCUCAAAAUUAAAGUGGAAAACCACACUACAGGCCGAUCCAACUUUGAUGUAAUGUCCUUAAAACAAGUCAAAAUGAGGCUCAGUAGUGUGUGUGGCCUCCACGUGCCUGUAUGACCUCCCUACAACGCCUGGGCAUGCUCCUGAUGAGGUGGCGGAUGGUCUCCUGAGGGAUCUCCUCCCAGACCUGGACUAAAGCAUCCGCCAACUCCUGGACAGUCUGUGGUGCAACGUGGCGUUGGUGGAUGGAGCGAGACAUGAUGUCCCAGAUGUGCUCAAUUGGAUUCAGGUCUGGGGAACGGGCGGGCCAGUCCAUAGCAUCAAUGCCUUCCUCUUGCAGGAACUGCUGACACACUCCAGCCACAUGAGGUCUAGCAUUGUCUUGCAUUAGGAGGAACCCAGGGCCAACCGCACCAGCAUAUGGUCUCACAAGGGGUCUGAGGAUCUCAUCUCAGUACCUAAUGGCAGUCAGGCUACCUCUGGCGAGCACAUGGAGGGCUGUGCGGCCCCCCAAAGAAAUGCCACCCCACACCAUGACUGACCCACCGCCAAACCGGUCAUGCUGGAGGAUGUUGCAGGCAGCAGAACGUUCUCCACGGCGUCUCCAGACUCUGUCACGUCUGUCACAUGUGCUCAGUGUGAACCUGCUUUCAUCUGUGAAGAGCACAGGGCGCCAGUGGCGAAUUUGCCAAUCUUGGUGUUCUCUGGCAAAUGCCAAACGUCCUGCAUGGUGUUGGGCUGUAAGCACAACCCCCACCUGUGGACGUCGGGCCCUCAUACCACCCUCAUGGAGUCUGUUUUUUAAAUUUUGUUUCACCUUUAUUUAACCAGGUAAGCCAGUUGAGAACAAGUUCUCAUUUACAACUGCGACCUGGCCAAGAUAAAGCAAAGCAGUGCGAUAAAAACAACAACAACAUAGAGUUACAUAUGGGAUAAACAAAAUGUACAGUCAAUAACACAAUAGAAAAUCUAUAUACAGUGUGUGCAAAUGUAGUAAGUUAUGGAGGUAAGGCAAUAAAUAGGCCAUAGUGCAAAAUAAUUACAAUUUAGUAUUAACACUGGAAUGAUAGAUGUGCAAAUAGAGAUACUGGGGUGCAAAUGAGCAAAAUAAAUAACAAUAUGGGGAUGAGGUUGUUGGGUGGGCUAAUUACAGAUGGGCUGUGUACAGGUGCAGUGAUCAGUAAGCUUCUCUGACAACUGAUGCUUAAAGUUAGUGAGGGAGAUAAGAGUCUACAGCUUCAGAGAUUUUUGCAGUUCGUUCCAGUCAUUGGCAGCAGAGAACUGGAAGGAAUGGAGGCCAAAGGAGGUGUUGGCUUUGGGGAUGACCAGUGAGAUAUACCUGCUGGAGCGCAUACUACGGGUGGGUGUUGCUAUGGUGACCAAUGAGCUAAGAUAAGGUGGGGAUUUGCCUAGCAGUGAUUUAUAGAUGACCUGGAGCCAGUGGGUUUGGCAACGAAUAUGUAGUGAGGGCCAGCCAACGAGAGCGUACAGGUCACAAUGGUGGGUAGUAUAUGGGGCUUUGGUGACAAAACGGAUGGCACUGUGACAGACUACAUCCAAUUAGCUGAGUAGAGUGUUGGAGGCUAUUUUGUAAAUGACAUCGCCGAAGUCAAGGAUCGGUAGGAUAGUCAGUUUUACGAGGGCAUGUUUGGCAGCAUGAGUGAAGGAGGCUUUGUUGCGAAAUAGGAAGCAGAUUCUAGAUUUAACUUUGGAUUGGAGAUGCUUGAUGUGAGUCUGGAAGGAGAGUUUAUGGUCUAACCAGACACCUAGGUAUUUGCAGUUGUCCACAUAUUCCAAGUCAGUCCCGCCGAGAGUAGUGAUUCUAGUCGGGCGGGUGGAUGCAAGCAGCGUUCGAUUGAAGAGCAUGCAUUUAGUUUUACUAGCGUUUAAGAAUAGUUGGAGGCUACGGAAGGAGUGCUGUAUGGCAUUGAAGCUCGUUUGGAGGUUUGUUAACAAAGUGUCCAAUCAAGGGCCAGAUGUAUACAAAAUGGUGUCGUCUGCGUAGAGGUGGAUCUGAGAGUCACCAGCAGCAAGAGCGACAUCAUUGAUAUACACAGAGAAUAGAGUCGGCCCGAGAAUUGAUCCCUGUGGCACUCCCAUAGAGACUGCCAGAGGUCCAGACAACAGGCCCUCCGAUUUGACACAUUGAACUCUAUCUGAGAAGUAGUUGGUGAACCAGGCGAGGCAGUCAUUUGAGAAACGAAGGCUAUUUAGUCUGCCAAUAAGAACCAGGUCGAUGAAGACGGCUGCACAGUACUGUCUUCUAUCGAUCACGGUUAUAAUAUCGUUUAGGAUCUUGAGCGUGGCUGAGGUGCACCCAUGACCAGCUCGGAAACCAGAUUGCAUAGCGGAGAAGGUACGGUGUGAUUCGAAAUGGUUGGUGAUCUGUUUGUUAACUUGGCUUUCAAAUACUUUCAAAAGGCAGGGCAGGAUGGAUAUAGGUCAGUAACAGUUUGGAUCUAGAGUGUCACCCCCUUUGAAGAGGGGGAUGACCGCGGCAGCUUUCCAAUCUCUGGGGAUCUCAGACGAUACGAAAGAGAGGUUGAACAGGCUAGUAAUAGGGGUUGCGACAAUUUCGGCUGUUAAUUUUAGAAAGAAAGGGUCCAGAUUGUCUAGCCCAGCUGACUUGUAGGGGUCCAGAUUUUGCAGCUCUUUCAGAACUACAGCUCUCUGAAUUUGGGUGAAGGAGAAGCGGGGGGGGGGGGGGGGCAUGGGCAAGUUGCAGCGGAGGGUGCAGAGCUGGUGGCCGGGGUAGGGGUAGCCAGGUGGAAAGCAUGACCAGCCGUAGCAAAAUGCUUGUUGAAAUUUUCGAUUAUCGUAGAUUUAUCGGUAGUGACAGUGUUUCCUAGCCUCAGUGCAGUGGGCAGCUGGGAGGAGGUGCUCUUAUUCUCCAUGGACUUUACAGUGUCCCAAAACUUUUUGGAGUUAGUGCUACAGGAUGCAAAUUCCUGUUUGAAAAAGCUAGCCUUUGCUUUCCUAACUGAUUGUGUAUAUUGGUUCCUGACUUCCCUGAAAAGUUGCAUAUUGCGGGGCCUGUUUGAUGCUAAUGCAGUACGCCACAGGAUGUUUUUGUGCUGGUCAAGGGCAGUCAAGUCUGGGGUGAACCAGGGGCUAUAUCUGUUCUUAGUUCUGAAUUUUUUUGAAUGGGGCAUGCUUAUUUAAGAUGGAGAGGAAAGCAAUUUUAAAGAACAACCAGGCAUCCUCUACUGACGGAAUGAGGUCAAUAUCCAUCCAGGAUACCCGGGCCAGGUCAAUUAGAAAGGCCUGCUCGCUGAAAUGUUUUAGGGAGCAUUUGACAGUGAUGAGGGGUGGUCGUUUGACCGCGGACCCAUUACGGACGCAGGCAAUGAGGCAGUGAUCGCUGAGAUCCUGGUUGAAGACAGCGGAGAUGUAUUUAGAGGGUAAAUUAGUCAGGAUGAUAUCUAUGAGGGUGCCCAGGUUAAUGGAUUUAGGGUUGUACCUGGUAGGUUCCUUGAUAAUUUGUGUGAGAUUGAGGGCAUCUAGUUUAGAUUGUAGGACGGCCGGGGUGUUAAGCAUAUCCCAGUUUAGGUCACCAAGCAAUACGAACUCUGAGGAUAGAUGGGGGGCAAUCAAUUCACAAUGGUUAUACGUGUGCCUGUGUUAGCUAAUGUUGUAAACAAAAAUCCAGUUUAAAAGUUACACAAAAUGUAUAAACCUAUUACAACUGGAGCAGGCCAACCCUGUUCCAGCCCAGCACUAACACACUUGAUUCAACCUAUCAAACCUAAUGAGCUGACAAUCAGGUGUGCUAUUGGUUGGCUGGAAUAGAAAUCUCUGCUAGGUUGGCCACCUCUGAUAUGGAUAUAUUUUCCUGAUAUUAUGCUUUAAUUUGUAAUUAUAGCCUACUUGUUACUAAGAUGUCUAACCUUCACAUACAAAUUGGCUUAUUUGUACAAUUUGAAAUUAUAUUAAAUAAAGCGUUGAUUAUUUAAAUUGAAGUGUUUACACUUGUUUUAGUUGUUAACUUAAAGUAACUGUCCAGUGUUUCCAGAUUUCUAAGAAAUAUGACCUAUAAUUAAUUACAAUAUGAGUGUCAGAUUUCCUUCCAAUUUUGUACAAAUUAAGUAUGUUAAAAAGCAGGUAUUCUGUGUUGAAUGGUGUGGGUGAACAACAACAGAAUGGUGUGGGGCUUAUACCGGUAGCUAAAAAUAGUAAUGCAAGUAGAUCGCUGAUUGACCAGCUCAUCCUCCUCAGGAUGACAUUAUCCUCUGAGGAAAUGGCAAGCAUUUUUAAACGGUCGGGGCCCGGUUUUCCGAUAGCGAUGGGACUUAGGCUUAUGAGUGUUAUAAUGAUGCAUCUUUCCUACUACGGCCGAAGAUGUAACAUGUGUUUCCCAAAACACCACGCAUAGAGAAUGGUCACUAAGUCCGUCGUUGGAGCAUGUGUCGAUCCUGAUAGGUCCCGAAAGAAAGGGAGUGCUGCUCUUGGAUCAGCUUUCUCCAUUCAAAUCUUUCCUUAACAUUAUAAUUAUUUUACAAUACUGACGUCGGAUCAGCUCCUAAAGAGAGUGUAUCACUUACGGCUGCAAAUAUAGAGGCGGCUUAUUAUAAUGCUUACCUAAUGAAAAUACACAAAAAUCACUGAUUUGGCACGUUAGGCUACACAUCAUGAAAUAUAUUUAGACAAAUUACAGACAGUAGCCUACAGGUAGCAAAAUAAAACUCAAUUGAUUGAACAUUAAAUGUAUUUCAAUAUGAUUGAAAUAGGCCUAUAGGCUACUGUUUAUAUUUGAAUGCAGUCAUUUUACAUUUUAGUCAUUUUAGCAGACGCUCUUAUCCAGAGCGACUUACAGUUAGUGAAUACAUCUUUUUUUUAUACUGCCCCCCCGUGGGAAUCGAACCCACAACCCUGGCGUUGCAAACGCCAUGCUCUAUCAACUGAGCUACAUCCCUGCCGGCCAUUCCCUCCGCUACCCUGGACGACGCUGGGCCAAUUGUGCGCCGCCCAUGAGUCUCCCGGUCGCGGCCGGCUGCGACAGAGCCUGGAUUCGAAACAGGAUCUCUAGUGGCACAGUUAGCACUGUCAUCUCGGUUUUCAUUAGAAGCAUGUUUUUAUACGUCACUUGUUUGUAUCAAUUGCAAAGACAUUGGCAACUUCGUAUUUGUACUGUAGUCAACUUUGUUAGAAUCACAUGGUUUGACCAUAACUUCCUUUGUUUAGCGGAGAUUUGUGUAUAAAGUGACGAGGGAGGACAAAAAAAAGCAUCUAACAAUGCACUUAGCUGUUCUACGAGUGGUCUGAGGCAGGGGUUAGAUUACGAGCGUUUUCAAGUGUAACGUAAAUAACGUUGGUUUUAGGAAACAGCUCGGAUAUUUAACGACGCUCCUAUGGCCACAUUAGAGUAUAGGAUGAGUCAACAACAUUAUUUGUAGGGAUGGGGGGGGACGAUAUUAUUAUAUUGAUAUUUAAAAAAAAAUAAUCGAUAGGUAGCGUUAGCUAGCACUAGUUGGCUGUAUUUGCUCCAAAACUCCAGUAUUUCUAAUCUUAUAGAUUGUUGUCCAUCUUUUUAAAUAGUGAGCCAACAUGUUUUCAGCACUUUUAUUUCACUGACUGAUCAGAAGACGUUUUCUCAUGCUCCCUCAUCUCUCUGCAGCAGACAAAUAGUGAGCAACAUGUUUGGAACAUCAAGUCGCAAUAAAAUCGCAGUAUCGAAUUGCAAUACAUAUAGAAUCGUGAGAAUCACAAUACAUAUCGUAUCGUGAUAUCGUAACUUGAGGUCACUGGCAAUUCCCAGCCCUAAUUAUUUGGGCAUGAUUUAACAGAAUAUGAACUUUUGUUUUUACACUGGACAGUUACUUUAAAACUAUACUGAACAAAAAUAUAAAUGCAACAUGUGAAAGUAUUGGUCCCAUGUUUAAUGAGCUGAAAUAAAAGAUCCCAGAAAUUGUCCAUACACACAAAAAAACUUAUUUCUUUCAGAUUUAUAUCCAUGUUAGUGAGCAUUUCUCCUUUCUCCAGUGUGUGGUGUCAUGUGGGCGAGCGGUUUGCGAGAAUGACUGCAAAGGCUUGAAUAUAAUAACUCCAUAGGUAGCCUAGGCUACAAAACUAAAACAAUCUGUUCAAAUCAAAAGGCCUGGUUAACAUGACAUCAAUAACACAGCCACAUCCCGAUUCUCCGGUGCUGACACAUUCAGAAAUCAAAAGAUGGUUUAGUACAGGGGUAUUCAACUCUUACCCUAUGAGGUCCAGAGCCUGCUGGUUUUUUGUUCUACCUGGUAAUUAAUUGCACCCACCUGGUAUCCCAGGUCUAAAUCAGUCCCAGUGGAACUGUCUUCGAGGUCCAGAGUUGAGAUUGAGGGGUUUAGUAUUUAGUUUAAAAUCUCUGAUGAAGGCCAAGAGAACAAGAAACACUUUUCAGUGAGAAAACAGAAAUCCACUUUGGGUAAUAAAAAAACUUGUUUUCAAAGAUGUAGCCUACGAUACAAUACUGGUGAUAAUUUUAAGGAGAACAAAAACUACUUAGCCUACAUUUGAACACCACUGCAGAAGCUUUGGGCAUCUUCCCCAUUAAGUAGCCUAGUUUUGUUGUUGGCUACUUGAAGAGAACUAGGGCCUAUCACUCGCAGCCCACCUCUUCCAUUGCAUUGUGGAAAACUGUGCAUCGAAUUCUACUAGAUAACGAGCCGAAAUGAGUAUAACAUCCUGGCAUUUAAACCAUACUCGAUUUUCUAAAUGUCGCAUACUAUAGAGCCCCACAGUGGAGGUUUCAUAAUACCCAUAAAACCUAGCGGUCAAACAAGGAAAUGGUUCCAAUUUUUCCAUUGGGGAUUUUAGAAACACUUAAAAUAAGGGCUGUGUUUCGUGUAGGCUUACCCUGGCGUGACGUUUUGAUAACCAUAUAAAUCUCUCUAGGACAAGGUGACUUAUAUAUUUGGCUCUAUUUACUCUCAGAUUCAAAAACGCCAAUUAGCAUCAAAGUAGACAUCAUGCAAGACUGCAAAUCUCUUCAAGCUCCUGCAUGUCAUCUCAAGCUAAAGCCUUUGCUAACAGGUAUUAUGUCAAUUUAAAACUUGCACAAGACAGUUCACAUAAUUGUCAAUUUAAAGAAAUGUUGCACAUUUAUUCAUUACUACAUUUAUCUAACAUUAGAUAGUUAAUCCAGAGAUUCUUACCUUUGCCUCGAUUCGUCAGUCUCGUCCAGAUCAUCAUGGAAUUUGUAGCUCUUUAUGAUAGUCACAUUAGCAGCUAAUCAGCAUUUCAUUUUUGGGGGGUAAAUUCAAGCAAAUAUAUAGGUAAAAGUCACCUUGUCCUAGAGAGAUUUACACAGUUGUCAUGCUAGGGUAAGCCUACACAAAACACAGCCCUUAAUUUAAAUGUUUCUAAAAUCCCAUAUGGGAAAAAUGAAUGGUGGGAUAACGAUUGGAAUCAUUUCCCUGUUUGACUGCUAGGUUUUAUGGGUAUUAUGACUCAUAAUUUGUUACUUAUAUUAAACAUUCUAGUUUCGCAUACUGAGAAUGCGUCAUGCGUGAUUGCGUUGUUUCCCACUAUUCGUUGAUUUUGGUAGCGCAUCCCCAUAUCUAAUUGAUCAGCUGUUGUCAAAGCCGAAAUGAGUAUGACAUCCGGGGAUUUUAAAGUAUUCUAGAUUUUCGAACAUUUUUUUUCUCGCAUACUCAAACAGCCUACUAUUUAGGAUGCAUGUAUGGGUAUUCGGAUACGACCAGUAACACCCUGACUGAUUUACAUUGUGGUUCUCAAGUAGUCCUUUGUCUGCUCAAUCUAUUGCUCCAGCUCUCCAAGAAAUAUGGGUCCGUUUUCACGGUUCACUUUGGACCCAAGAAAGUGGUUGUUCUGGCAGGAUACAAGACGGUCAAGCAGGCGUUGGUCAACCAGGCAGAGGAAUUUGGGAAUAGGGACAUCCCCCGCAUGUCCAGAGACAUCAACCAAGGACAUGGUAAACAAUUAUGAAUGACUGGUCCUUGGAUAGUUGACUAAGUAUAACAUUUCACCUACGCGUUUAGCCCAACAAAAAUUAAUUAUCACACAUUCUGUCCUUUGAAAUUAUUCAAACAAGCUUUUUUUUCACAGGGGUUCUGUUUGCCAAUGGAGACUCAUGGAGAGAGAUGAGGCGCUUUGCCCUGACGAACCUUAGAGACUUUGGGAUGGGCAAGAAAGGGGCAGAGGAGAAAAUCAUCGAGGAGAUUCCUUACCUGAUUGAACUAUUUGAAAAACACAAGGGUAAGAGCAACUAGUAGUACAGUAGUAGUAAUAUAAAAUGAAUAUUCAAAAAUGUAUAUUUUACUCAUCCUCUUUUGUCUUUCUUUGUGCAGGUAAGGCAUUUGACACAACCCAGCCCGUGAAUUACGCUGCCUCCAACAUAAUCUCUGCCAUUGUGUAUGGCAGCAGGUUUGAAUACUCUGAUUCUCAGUUUCGAGGCAUGGUGGACAGAGCCAAUGAGAGCAUACGUCUUUCAGGUUCUGCGUCUAUUCAGGUACUGUCUUCACAUUCACUCUAAAUCAGGCCUGUUCAAUUCCGGUCCUGGAGGGCCGAAACACUUCUGUUUUUGGUUUCUACCUGGUACGUAAUUGCACUCACCUGGUGUCCCAGUAUUUUGUAUUUUCUAUGGUGUGUCUAUGUCUGUAAGUUGUUACAGUAUGUCUGAUAUGUCUCAAACAUUGUUCCCCCCUGCUGCUGUCUUGGUUGGACCAGGUCCCUAAUGAAAAAUAGAUUUGAUCUCAAUGAGACAAAUAAAGGUUAAAUAAAUCAAAUCAAAUAGAAGGAGAGGAUGAAAACCAGAAGUGUUUCGGACCUCCAGGACCAACAUUGAAAAGCCCUGCUCUAAACAAAGUUGUGAAAAUAUACUGUAAGUAAACUGUACUCACAAAGUUGUUUUAUUCACACUUUACUUUUUUGUAUGGUGAGAUAGCUGUACAACAUGUUUUCAUGGCUGGGCCCGUGGCUAAAGAGUCGGAAGGUUAUGCUGAAAAAUGUCGACAACAACCAUAGGGAUGUAAAGGAGUUGGUGAGGGGCCUGAAGGAGAGUCUCAACCCUCAGAUGUGCAGAGGCUUUGUGGACUCAUUCCUCGUUCGAAAGCAGAAAGUGGAGGUAUGACAACUAACUCAAAUCCCUCAUCUUAGGGCUCACUUGAAAAAUAGAUGAAAAUCUCAAUGUGGCUUCUCUGGUUAAAUAAAGGAUAAAAAAAUAUGUCCAGUGGAACUUCUCAUGUCCACACCUAACUUUGAUAUCCAUUAGAAUAGAUGCCUAUAAGUACUCAUGUAACCCAUGGCUCUGUGUCUUUCAGGAAUCAGGAAAUAUGGACUCUCACUAUCAUGAAAACAACCUGAUAUCUUCUGUGACCAACCUGUUUGCUGCUGGUACCGACACCACUGGGACAACCCUGCGCUGGGGUCUGAUGCUAAUGGCCAAGUACCCCCACAUACAGGGUAAGGGCCAAUAGAAACACACAACCUUUAUAAAGGGACCUUUAUACUUAAAAGUCCAAUGCAGCCGUUUUUAUCUCAAUAUCAAAACAUUUCUGGGUAACGAUUAAGUACCCUACUGUGAUUCUUUAAAAGUAAAAUGGUAAAAAAGAAACCAAUGGCUUCUUUGCAAAGAGCAAUUUCUCAAGCAAGAAUUUUGCUAGGACUGUCUGGGAGUGGUCUGAGUGGGGAGGGUAUAACGGAAAAUGCUAACUGUUAUUGGCAGAGAGGUUUGGAACUGUCUUUAUUAUUGGUUUAACUCAAUUACCGCCUGGUGAUGUCACCAGUCAGGCCAAAACUCCAUCCCACCAAAACAGGCUGAAAUUUCAAACAACUCUUACACUAAAAGUAUUAUCAUAAUUUUCACGAUUUCACAGUAUUAUUUCAACCUCAUAGUGUGGAAAUGUAUAUAAAACACAGGAAAAUGUUUGACUGCACUGGGCCUUUAAUAAAAAACCGUCCAAGACCUUUUACAUUGUGACACAAAACACAGACACUUAAAGUGUUGGCAGGAGUAAAAUUGUCAAGAAGCCAACCUGAAGCACAGGUUAUUGAACAGAUAACAGGUUAAAGAUCAUUCAGAUUAACCUUUCACCUCUGGGUUAGAGUAACACUUUUCCUGUCUUUUUUCAAGACCGGGUCCAGGAGGAGAUCAGCAGGGUUAUAGGAAGUCGUCAGCCCUUGGUAGAGGACAGGAAGAACCUGCCCUACACUGAUGCAGUGAUCCAUGAGAUCCAGAGACUGGCCAAUAUUGUACCCAUGUCCAUCCCUCACGCCACCAGCCGAGACGUCACCUUCCAGGGAUAUUUCAUCAAGAAGGUCAGAUACCUGACUUUCCAAAAUAGUUCUUUUUUGUAUUUUUUUUAGUUGUCCUGAAAUGAUUGCAAUCCACUCCUUUUGAGUGUGCACUUUAUUUAUUAAACAAAGUUUCAUCACUCAUCACUUUUAUAUAUAUAACGGUGUCCUACGCUUCACUCUCACUGCAGGGGACGUCUGUGAUUCCUUUAUUGACGUCCGUCCUACAUGACGAUAGCGAAUGGGAGAGCCCCCACUGCUUUAACCCCUCCCACUUUCUGGAUGAGCAGGGACGAUUCGUCAAGAGGGACGCCUUCAUGGCCUUUUCUGCAGGUAUAUCAACUUUGUCAUUUAGCAAAUUAUUUCAUUGCAAGAAGUAGAGAAAUUGUGGUAGCCUUUUGGACAGACUUCAUGCUAUUUUCUAUAUCUUUGGUCUCUCUCGCAGGUCGUAGGGUGUGUCUGGGGGAGGGUCUGGCCAGGAUGGAGCUCUUCCUCUUCUUCACCUCCCUCCUGCAGCACUUUAGUUUCACUCCUCCUCCUGGAGUAACAGAGGAUGAUCUGGACCUGACACCAUUACUGGGGUUCACCCUCAAUCCUUCACCCCACCAGCUGUGCGCCGUGAGUCGGAUCUGAGAUGAGAGUCUGGGACCAAUUACACACUGCUUAGAACAACUUUCCACUUUAGACAAACAUAGGACUAUGUUGAUUUAUUUUGUAUUGCUUAUUGUAUUGUGAAUAAUCUAUGUGAAUUAUCUGUAAGUCACUUUGGAUAAAAGCGUCUGCUAAAUGACAUUAUUAUUGUAUACUGUAGAAAUACCUUGCUAUGCAGCGCUAGGUACAGUAAAUGUGUUUGGACAUUUUGCAUCACAACACCGGCGAGCAAGAGGACUCAAAUGUUUAAGUCAAUUAUAGAGAACAAACCAUUUCCUACUAAUGAAAAAAUAUAUAAUCCUAAUAAAUAAAAUGUGAGUAUAUUAAAAUGUGUCUAUUUGUGACAGUGGAUUCGCCAGUACUUAUAUCAGUAACAGGUGUCUAAUUAGGGUAAGGACCAAUAGAAACACACAGCCUUUAUGUAGGGACCUUUAGACUGCAUAAAAACCCUCCAAGACCUUUUACAGUGACACAACACAGAGACUGGUGUUAUCAGCUAUAAACGCUGUCAAAGGGCCAGCCUGAAGCACAGGUUAUUGAACCAAGCUAAAGAUCAUUCAGAUGAUCUCUCUGUUUCUGUGUUUGGUUUGGAUGUGUGUUUGCUGGUAACUAUUAAUGAAUUGAAAGAAAAUAUAUCUAGUAUUGAACUGAACUGGUGAAACUGAAUUCCUGGAAAAGCAUACUGAGCCAAGCCUUAAUCCUUACAACAACAAAAUAUAAAUACAAAAAGAUUACAAUGGAAUUUAAAAUAAAUAAAGUUGUUAAAAUUAGCCUGAGAAUCAGAGGCCGAUGUUGUCCAAAGGUGGGGUGGUGAUCACUAAUGUUUGGAAACUGUUGUCUGCCUCUGUGUAACUUGCCUGUCCAACCGAAAUCUAAGUGUGAAGUUUGAAUCAGCGCUCUCUGUACUCAUUGGUAUACACCUAUAGGGAAGUGUAGGAGGAACCCUGUGACAUCAGAAACAAACAUAUCCUAGCUAUUGCAUAAUCGCCCCAUCAGUUUGUUCCUCAUUCUUUUUCUACUUGUCAGAAAUUCUAUUCAGUGUUUAAAUUAGAGUUGAAUAAAGAGCGGAACAUCUCUCAGGAUGACAAGUAUUGAAAAAGAGCGCCACCAUGUGGUGGUCUCCAAAAGAGGUGUCGGUUCCGAUUUUAGGUGCAACUGCCCCAGUGUCCCGGUUAGAGAACGUAAAUGACCACUAGGAGACAGGGAUAGAAUCCACACUUUCUUACCACGCUGAACAGACAGGCACACACACAGCGACAGGAAGAGGACUGAUGGAAUAGUGAAUUGUGGUUGUAUGGUAUUCACGCACUAACACCACGAUGAUGUUGGGGAAAGUCCAGAGUGAAGGAAAGUGUCCAUGGGUGGGAGGUCCAUAGGUGAGGCCCUCUGUUGAUGCAGCCAGGAGGUUUAGAAACCUGAAGCUGCAGAGCGAGACUGAGGAGCUCAGGGAUAGCGUUGGGGGUUCUCCUACCCCAGGUGGACACCUAAUUGGUUGACCCCAGUAAGCUGACUUGUUCAGGAGAGUUAGAUAAGGCAACCAUAGAAAACUGGCCUAGCAACAGAAGUGUGAACGGAUGAUUUACAACCAAUUGGGGGUUAGGGAGCGUACUACAGCAGCUAGAGAAUCCCAAAGUUUGUCUCUUGUCCCAGGACCAGAGAGAGGGUUUGAGAGAGUUUUCUUUACAGAUAUAGUGAACAUGAUAAACCACAGUCACUGGUAUCAGACCAUACUAUAAUUUACUCAAUGAUCUGCAGGACAUGUGCUGUCUAGGCUUGGCAGUAUUAUUCUAUGUUUUUAAAACUGCCUAGCCUCCCCUGUGGCUGUCCAUUCCUCUAUAAAAGGUGUGCCUUCAUGGACAGGCAGAUCAAUGAGCAGGAAGUUCUUAGAGAGUUAUUGUUUUGUGUGAACACAAUUAGUCUCUUUUUAGCCCAGUGUAAGGUAUAAGAGCUGAGUUUGAAGAGGUCUCUUAUAGGUCUUCUCCAGACAUCGAGCACGGUGACACUGCUGGGGGCUGUGCUGUUUCUGCUGGUCCUCUACCUCCUCUCCUCUGUUUCCAGUUCUGAGGAACAGUGGAAGGAGCCUCCAGGACCAUCCCGCUGCCCCUGCUUGGUAACAUGCUCCUGCUGGAUUUUAAGAGGCCCUACCAGACUGACAGAUCUGUGGGGUGAGAUCAAUAAAUCAAAAGCUUGCUUGAUUGAACUAUUCAAUUUCAAGUACCUCCUCUCUAGGUAUUGACAGACUUACAGUAUUUAGACUAUCAGUCAUUCAUUUCUGGGAGGUAACACAAUAAACCAAAUACUAAUCUUGUAUGUCAAACAUAGACCUCGGAUGGUCAUCCAGUCAUAUUUGAUGAGGCAUUUGGCUCUGAAAUGAAAGGAUCGUAUCUGUCUUAAUAAAGCUGGUCCUUUUAAUGUUCAACAGCUUUCCAAGAAAUAUGUCUCCAUCUUCAUGAUUCACUUUGGACCCAGAAAAGUGGUUGUUGUGGCAGGAUACAAGAUGGUCAAGCAGGCACUGGUAAACCAUGCAGAGGAGUUUGGGGACAGGGACAUCACUCCUGUGCUCAGUGAACUAAACAAAGGACAUGUAAGGUCAGAUAACUUAACUGGUGCACAGGCCAACUACGUUGCACUUGACAAUGGACCAUUAAACAGGUACAGUGGGGAAAAAAAGUAUUUAGUCAGCCACCAAUUGUGCAAGUUCUCCCACUUAAAAAGAUGAGAGAGGCCUGCAAUUUUCAUCAUAGGUACACGUCAACUAUGACAGACAAAUUGAAAAAAUAAAAUCCAGAAAAUCACAUUGUAGGAUUUUUUAUGAAUUUAUUUACAAAUUAUGGUGGAAUAUAAGUAUUUGGUCAACUACAAACAAGCAAGAUUUCUGGCUCUCACAGACAGGUAACUUCUUCUUUAAGAGGCUCCUCUGUCCUCCACUCGUUACCUGUAUUAAUGGCACCUGUUUGAACUUGCUAUCAGUAUAAAAGACACCUGUCCACAACCUCAAACAGUCACACUCCAAACUCCACUAUGGCCAAGACCAAAGAGCUGUCAAAGGACACCAGAAACAAAAUUGUAGACCUGCACCAGGCUGGGAAGACUGCAUCUGCAAUAGGUAAGCAGCUUGGUUUGAAGAAAUCAACUGUGGGAGCAAUUAUUAGGAAAUGGAAGACAUACAAGACCACUGAUAAUCUCCCUCGAUCUGGGGCUCCACGCAAGAUCUCACCCCGUGGGGUCAAAAUGAUCACAAGAAUGGUGAGCAAAAAUCCCAGAACCACACGGGGGGACCUAGUGAAUGACCUGCAGAGAGCUGGGACCAAAGUAACAAAGCCUACCAUCAGUAACACACUACGCCGCCAGGGACUCAAAUCCUGCAGUGCAGACGUGUCCCCCUGCUUAAGCCAGUACAUGUCCAGGCCCGUCUGAAGUUUGCUAGAGUGCAUUUGGCUGAUCCAGAAGAGGAUUGGGAGAAUGUCAUAUGGUCAGAUGAAACCAAAAUCAAACUUUUUGGUAAAAACUCAACUCGUCGUGUUUGGAGGACAAAGAAUGCUGAGUUGCAUCCAAAGAACACCAUACCUACUGUGAAGCAUGGGGGUGGAAACAUCAUGCUUUGGGGCUGUUUUUCUGCAAAGGGACCAGGACGACUGAUCCGUGUAAAGGAAAGAAUGAAUGGGGCCAUGUAUCGUGAGAUUUUGAGUGAAAACCUCCUUCCAUCAGCAAGGGCAUUGAAGAUGAAACGUGGCUGGGUCUUUCAGCAUGACAAUGAUCCCAAACACACCGCCCGGGCAACGAAGGAGUGGCUUCGUAAGAAGCAUUUCAAGGUCCUGGAGUGGCCUAGCCAGUCUCCAGAUCUCAACCCCAUAGAAAAUCUUUGGAGGGAGUUGAAAGUCCGUGUUGCCCAGCGACAGCCCCAAAACAUCACUGCUCUAGAGGAGAUCUGCAUGGAGGAAUGGGCCAAAAUACCAGCAACAGUGUGUGGAAACCUUGUGAAGACUUACAGAAAACGUUUGACCUGUGUCAUUGCCAACAAAGGGUAUAUAACAAAGUAUUGAGAAACUUUUGUUAUUGACCAAAUACUUAUUUUUCCACCAUAAUUUGCAAAUAAAUUCAUUAAAAAUCCUACAAUGUGAUUUUCUGGAUUGUCUUUUCUCAUUUUGUCUGUCAUAGUUGACGUGUACCUAUGAUGAAAAUUACAGGCCUCUCUUAUCUUUUUAAGUGGGAGAACUUGCACAAUUGGUGGCUGACUAAAUACUUUUUUCCCCCCACUGUAUGGUUGGUGCUAUACUGUAAACACCACCCUAAAUAUCUGACAAAUCUGUUAUUCUCUCCUGACUAGGGUUGCAAAGCUACCAGUAAAUUACCAAAGGUACUGGAAUCUUCAGUAAUUUUGGUAAUAAACAAGUCAUCUAUGGCAACUUUGGGAAUUUAUACUUAAAUUACUUUGAAAAAAAAUGGAAUCCAGAGAUUUCUAGUGGAUAGACCAUAAGGUUGAAGAGAAAAGCUGUAAGGGUUGGUGUGGGGUGUGACCCAGGUGCGGUGCAGGAUAGACAGUAGGCAAGGAUGGUGAAACAAGGAUCUUUACUGGUGGUCCAAAAGCCAGGAUACAAAACAAUGGACUAUACACGAAAACAAAUGAGGAGCACAUAGGUCUCCAAAAAACAGGCUGACAGCAAACAAUACGAAAUACUAACUCUGACUGGAAAACACAAUGACACAGGGAGAACACUUCUCGAGUACCUGUAACUCCGUCAUGUGAUCCGACACAUAUACAUACUGCUUGACAUAAAGGAAUGAGCAGAGAAAACUGAGCAAGGGAACACAGGGAAGUGAGGGCGUAAAUACACAGGUGAAUCAGAGCCACAGGUGACACCAAUAGGCAGAUAAUUAGUCCCAACUGUGAGUGAGGUGCCGCCUAUGGUUGUCGGAGGAUGACACUUAGUGGGUCGCCCCGGAACUGCGACCCACUCCUGUAACAAAAAGCCUCAAUGAAAAAAGCAUCUAAUCAACAAUGGCAUUAUUUUCAAUUAACUCUGCAACUCUUCCAACUAUUUAGUUUUUUACAACUGCCACCAGUUUGCUCCAAAACAUUUACAACAAAGACACUGACAUAAUAAAAUUAAUUAAAGUGUGUAAAAAUAAAUAUAAAGGAUAUUUCAUACUGAAACCCUCAUAUUAAAACACCAAUGUUAUUCACUAAGUCGGUCGUUUAUAUUUAGGAUAAUGUUUUAAAGCUUUUUCAUUCAUUUUCUUCAUAAUCUUAUUUGAUUAUUUUAUAUAUUUUACAUGUGAUAAGGCCACAAAGAGGGCCAGAGAACAUUACAAACACCUGUGAUGAGCAGAAGUACCCCAAAAGGCCACUAGAUAUCAUCUGAUAUAUAUCUAUAUAUAUGUUUUAAACAUAGAAAGCUACCAAACUUCUGGUAGUUUACUGGUAAACUUCGAAAGUCUCCAGUAAUAUACCUUCCCUUUGCAACCCUACUUCUGACUAUAUUAAACUAUGAAGAUAAAAAAACAGAUUUUGUAUGAAACCUGCUACUUCCAUUAAUCUGUGCUUCUGAAAAGAGAUCUUGAUUCCUGUACGAAUUUCACUCAAUUACUCCACAAGAACAAUAUUGUUUCACUGUACUUUUCUAUAGGGAUUCUGUUUGCCAAUGGAGACUCAUGGAAAGAGAUGAGACGCUUUGCCCUGACAAACCUUAGAGACUUUGGCAUGGGUAAGAAAGCAAGUGAAGAGAAGGUCAUAGAGGACGUUCGCUACCUGUUUGAAGUACACAAUGGUAAGAGUUUGAAGUUCUGAUAUCAGAAACAUAAUCAAAACAAGUCUAAGGGCUUUAUUCAAUCCGUAUCGUGGAGGUUCAGCGUUACAGCGUGAAUGAAAUUUAAAGGCAAUGUUCCUGCGUUGGCACUAGCAGAGACUGCAUUCACGGUAGAUUCUGCAUAUGUCGGCUCAAUCGGAAAUUACGUUUACAUUUGUAUUGCGCAAUCUCAGUUUUUCUUAUUUCGAUUCUGUUGUUGGUCUUUGUCACAGGUAAGGCAUUUGACACAACCAAGCAAAUGAAUUACGCAGUCUCCAACAUUAUCUGCAACAUUGUGUUUGGCAGCAGGUUUGAAAACUCUGAUCCCCAGUUCUAAGGCAUGAUGGAUCGAGCCAAUGAGACCAUCCAACUUGGAGGCUCUGUUUCAGUACAGGUAUUGUACCGUGCUUAUGAUGAUGAUUACUUUGAGAACAAUGACAGACUGGUCACACUAGGCUAGAUUAUUCUAAACUAAGGAUCCUGGGACUAAACAUCUCCCUCUGCAACUGGAUCCUGGACUUCCUGACGGGCCGCCCCCAGGUGGUAAGGGUAGGUAACAACACAUCUGUCACGCUGAUCCUCAACACCUCAGUCCCCUCCUGUACUCCCUGUUCACCCAUGACUGCAUGGCCAGGCACGACUCCAACACCAUCAAUAAGUUUGCCGAUGACACAACAGUGGUAGGCCUGAUCACCGACAACGAUGAGACAGCCUAUUGGGAGUAGGUCAGAGACCUAGCCGUGUGGUGCCAGGAUAACAACCUCUCCAUCAACGUGAUCAAGACAAAGGAGAUGAUUGUGGACUACAGGAAAAGAGGACUGAGCACGCCCCCAUUCUCAUCGACGGGGCUGUAGUGCAGCAGGUUGAGAGCUUCAAGUUCCUUGAUGUCCACAUCACCAACGAACUAUCAUGGUCCAAACACACCAAGACAGUUGUGAAGAGGGCACGACAAAGCCUAUUCCCCCUCAGGAUACUGAAAAGAUUCGGCAUGGGUCCUCAGAUCCUCAAACAGUUAUACAGUUGCACCAUCGAGAGUAUCCUGACUGGUUACAUCACUGCCUGGUAUGGCAACUGCUCGGCAUCCGACCGCAAGGCACUACAGAGGGUAGUGCGUACGGCCCAGUACAUCAGUACAGCCAAGCUUCCUGCCAUCCAGGACCUCUAUACCAGUAGUGUCAGAGGAAGGCCCUAAAAAUUGUCAAAGAAUCCAGCCACUCUAGUCAUAGACUGUUCUCUCUGUUACCGCACGGCAAGCGGUACCGGAGCACCAAGUCUAUAGGUCCAAAAGGCUUCUUAACAGCUUCUACCCCCAAGCCAUAAGACUCCUGAACAGCUAAUCAAAUGGCUACCCGAACUAUUUGCAUUGUCCCCCUCCAGCCCCCACCCUUACGCUGCUGCUACUCUCUGUUUAUUAUCUAUGCAUAGUCAAUUUAACUCUACCUACAUGUACAUAUUACCUCAAUUACCUCGACUAACCGGUGGCCCCACACAUUGACUCUGUACCGGUACCCCCUGUAUAUAGCCUCGCUACUGUUAUUUUUACUGUUAUUUUACUGCUUUUAUUUUUUACUUACCUAUUGUUUACUUCACACUUAUUUUUCUUAAAACUGCAUUGUUGGUUAAGGGCUUGUAAGCAAGCAUUUCACUGUAAGGUCUACACCUGUUGUAUUCGGUGCAUGUGACAUUUUGAUUUGAUUAUUUCAAUCAUAAUAUCCAGACAAAAUAAAAGUUAAUUAUUGCUUUAAUUUUUGUUUAUGGGGAAAUUGUUGUAUAACAUGUUUCCAUGGCUGGACCCAUUGUUGAAGAUCAGGACGCUAGUCAUGAAAAAUGGACAACAAGAAGGAGAUGAGGGAGCUGGUGAGGGGCCUGAAGGAGACUUUCAACCUUUAGAUGUGUAGAGGAUUCGUGGACUCGUUCCUCAUCCGAAAGCAAACCCUGGAGGUAUGGAGACUUUUUACAGGUAACGUCUUAGAAUUAAUAACUAGGGGAGUCCGGUGGUAGCCCCCACACACAUAAAAAAAGAAAUAUAUACGUUUUAUUAAAAACAGUUGAAAUAACUGUUCUUGUUUGCUGAAACAUUACCUGUGUUUGUUUGUGUAUGUAAGGAAUCAGGCAUCAUGGACUCUCAUUACCACAAUGAGAAUCUGAUAGUCUGUGGCCAACCUGUUUUCUGCUGGUACUGACACCACCGGGACAACCUUGCACUGGGGUCUGCUGCUAAUGGCCAACCUGACACAUAAACCUUAGUAACUUUGUACAGACAUUGCAUGAUUGUAGUGAUGCAAGAUAAUCAUUGUGUUACUUGCUGUAAACAUUGGCACAUUUACCACUUGAACCACAGGUCUUUGAAUUGCAGCCAAGGUAACAGAUCCAGGGUAAAGAUCAUUCAGAUUUUAUAUUAACUUUGUACCUCCCUCUUUCUUUAAUUUACAGACCGGGUGCAGGAAAACAUCAACAGGCUCAUAGGAAGUCGUCAGCCCUUGGUAGAGGACAGGAAGAACCUGCCCUACGCUGAUGCAGUGAUCCAUGAGAUCCAGAGACUGGCCAACAUUGCACCCAUGGCCAUCCUUCACACCACCAGCCGAGACAUCACCUUCCAGGGAUAUUUCAUCAAGAAGGGGACGCUUGUGUUUCCUCUACUUACGUCUGUCCUACAAGACAGAUGCAAAUGGGAGAGCCCACACACCUUUAACCCCACACACUUUCUGGAUAAUAAUAAUAAUAAUAAUAAUAAUAAUAAUAAUAUGCCAUUUAGCAGACGCUUUUAUCCAAAGCGACUUACAGUCAUGUGUGCAUACAUUUUUACGUAUGGGUGGUCCCGGGGAUCGAACCCACUACCCUGGCGUUACAAGCGCCAUGCUCUACCAAUUGAGCUACAGAGGACCACGGAUGAGGAAGGUUGAUUCGUUGAUGGGAUGCCUUCAUGCCCUUCUCUGCAGGUGAGUUCAACUGUUUUGUUUCUUUAUUGACACUAUUCAGCAAUGAAAUAAAUCAGAUAUCCUUCUAUGGUGCUCAUUGCUUUGGCCCAGAGAGAGUUGAGGGGAUGGAAGCUAUAUUGAUGACAGUAUUGAUAUUUGUCAACUAUAGGAACCAAUAGGUGUAGAUGUAUUGUCCUCAUGUUGUCUUCCUCAUGUAAGAAUGCUGUUCAUUGACUAUAGCUCAGCAUUCAACACCAUAGUACCCUCCAAGCUCAUCAUCAAGCUUGAGGCCCUGGAUCUGAACCCAGCCCUGUGCAACUGGGUCCUGGACUUCCUGACGGGCCGUCCCCAGGUGGUGAAGGUAGGAAACAACAUCUUCACUUCGCUGAUCCUCAACACUGGGGCCCCACAAGGGUGCGUGCUCAGCCCCCUCCUGUACUCCCUGUUCACCCAUGACUGCGUGGCCAAGCAUGUCUCCAACUCAAUCAUCAAGUUUGCAGACGACACAACAGUAGUAGGCUUGAUUACCAACAAUGACGAGACCGCCUACAGGGAGGAGGUGAGGGCUCUGGGAGUGUGGUGCCAGGAAAAUAACCUUCAGGAAACAACAGAGGGUGCACCCACCUAUCCACAUCGACGGUACCGCAGUGGAGAAGGUGGAAAGCUUCAAGUUCCUUGGCGUACACAUCAGCGACAAACUGAAAUGGUCCACCCACGCAGAGUGUGGUGAAGAAGGCGCAACAGACCCUCUUCAACCUCAGAAGGCUGAAGAAAUUUGGCUUGGCACCUAAAACCCUCACAAACUUUUACAGAUGCACAAUUGAGAGCAUCCUGUCGGGCUGUAUCACCACCUGGUACGGCAACUGCACCGCCCGCAACUGCAGGGCUCUCCAGAGGGUGGUGCGGUCUGCCGAACACAUUAUCGGGGGCAAACUACCCGCCCUCCAAGACACCUACAGCACCCGAUGUCACAGGAAGGCCAAAAAGAUCAUCAAGGACAUCAACCACCCGAGCCACUGCCUGUUCACCCCGCUAUCAUCCAGAAGGCGAGGUCAGUACAGGUGCAUCAAAGCUGGGACCGAGAGAAUGAAAAACAGCUUCUAUCUCAAGGCCAUCAGACUGUUAAAUAGCCAUCACUAGCACAUUAGAGGCUGCUGCUGCCUAUUGAAAUCCCUGGCCACUUUAAGAAAUGGAACACUAGUCACUUUAAUAAUGUUUACAUAUCUUGCACUACUCAUCUCAUAUGUAUAUACUGCAUUCUAUUCUAUAAAAUUCUAAUGUAUCUUAGUCCAUGCCGCUCUGUCAUUGCUUGUCCAUAUAUGUAUAUUUUCUUAAAUUCCAUUCCUUACUAGUUUUGUGUGUAUUAGGGAUAAGUUGUGAAUUGUUAGAUAUCUGUUAUAUUACGCAUGUCGAGCUAGAAGCACAAGCAUUCGUCCGUUAGAUAACUUGUAGAUCAGCCACUAGUGGAUCGGUCAAGCUCGGCAUCCGACCGCAAGGCACUACAGAGGGUAGUGCGUACGGCCCAGUACAUCAGUACAGCCAAGCUUCCUGCCAUCCAGGACCUCUAUACCAGUAGUGUCAGAGGAAGGCCCUAAAAAUUGUCAAAGAAUCCAGCCACUCUAGUCAUAGACGUUCUCUCUGUUACCGCACGGCAAGCGGUACCGGAGCACCAAGUCUAUAGGUCCAAAAGGCUUCUUAACAGCUUCUACCCCCAAGCCAUAAGACUCCUGAACAGCUAAUCAAAUGGCUACCCGAACUAUUUGCAUUGUCCCCCUCCAGCCCCCACCCUUACGCUGCUGCUACUCUCUGUUUAUUAUCUAUGCAUAGUCAAUUAACUCUACCUACAUGUACAUAUUACCUCAAUUACCUCGACUAACCGGUGGCCCCACACAUUGACUCUGUUACCGGUACCCCCUGUAUAUUAGCCUCGCUACUGUUAUUUUUACUGUUAUUUUACUGCUUUUAUUUUUUACUUACCCUAUUGUUUACUUCACACUUAUUUUUCUUAAAACUGCAUUGUUGGUUAAGGGCUUGUAAGCAAGCAUUUCACUGUAAGGUCUACACCUGUUGUAUUCGGUGCAUGUGACAUUUUGAUUUGAUUAUUUCAAUUAUAAUAUCCAGACAAAAUAAAAGUGAAUUAUUGCUUUCAUUUUUGUUUAUGGGGAAAUUGUUGUAUAACAUGUUUCCAUGGCUGGACCCAUUGUUGAAGAUCAGGACGCUAGUCAUGAAAAUGGACAACAAGAAGGAGAUGAGGGAGCUGGUGAGGGGCCUGAAGGAGACUUUCAACCUUUAG